CAUACUUUUUCUACCCUUCGUCCCUAUUUGGGUUUGUAGGCUAUAGGCCUUAGCUUUACAUCGAACUUCAUCAUCGUGAAGAUUCAGCAUGCAGUCUUCUCCUCUUGCAGACGGACAGCCUCGUUUGGUCCCACUAGCCUUGCAGUCGAAGAAAGCCCUGCAACAUGGCGAGGCUCUUUGUUCGCGUGCAAGCAUGCUUUCAUCCACUACCUCCCAGACAGCAAUGGACGUUCUUGCACUGGAUGCUAAGGUCAGAUGGUUCACAGAUGCAGUAUUGGAACAACUCAAGAUGGCAGCUUGCGUUGCGAAGAGCAUCGAGCAGAAGCGGUCGCAGUUAGAGAAGCAGGCGGAAGAGUGGGACUCUCUGCGUUCCCAAAGGGCAGAUUCCCUUGACAGCAUCCUCGAAUCUCUAGGCUCCCAAGUUGUUCCUCCAGACUUUCAUUCAACCUCAUCUGCCGACGUCUCUCCCUUUGGUAGCCAGCACGAUUCGGAUGAGGAGCACAUCGAUAAUGCGCUCUUUGGAGAGCAAGGGCCUGGCCAGAGCCCCACGGAUACGCUGCGCGACAUAAGACAGAACGCACGGCCGCUCCCUAAUGGCAAGACUAAGGACAGAACCUCGUGGAAGACGCUUCGUGAUUUCGUGGACGAGCGCGCAGUCGAAGAUGUACUCGACACGAUCGAGAGCGAUCGGAACGCGCUUGAAGAUAUCUUCGCUCGCACUUCCGAUUAUCCCGAGUCACUUUCGAAAACCAUCGCCGCCAUUGAGAACACCUUACCCGCCCGAAUAUCUCUUCCCUCUAUUGAGGACAUCUGCAAAGUGCAAGAGGCGGUUUCUACCAGGAUGGCCGACCUUCUCGAGAGCCUUGCCGCACAUUAUGACCAGAUGUCCGCCGCACUUAGAGAACAUGAGGCUGGCGAGGAGUUUGGCAAAGACGACCUGCAACAAAUGAACCGAGAUACCAAUGAGCUUCCCGCUAUCAUCGCGGAGCUAGAAGAAUGCGUCACUGCUAUUGAGGCUCCCCAUGGGCAGCUGCUGGUCUCAAAGCGAAAAGCACAGGAGCACCUUGAGACACAUCGACAAAUGCUAACUGACCUGGAUGAGUUAGGUGAAAUCAUGUCUGAGAUGUUCGAGCGUCAACAGGUAGUUGAGAAUGAAAGCACGGAGCAUCUCGCCUUACUGCAACAUCACCUCAUCACUAUCGAAGAUCUAUACCAUCGUUUCACCUCCUACCAAUAUUCAUACAACAAGCUGUUGCUUGAGCUUGUACGCCGCCGGAAGUACCGUGACACUGCGGAACACAUCGUCAAACGCAUGGUGGCAGAGCUUGAUGCGAUGGUUGAUGAGGAGCGGCAGCUCAGGGAAGAGUUCAACGCAGAACACGGGCAGCACCUGCCUGAGGAUGUCUGUCUCUAUGUCCAGGACGCCCCAACGCGAUGGAAUAUCAUUCCAUCGAACGGGAACCGGGCUGAGGUGCUGCCAGACUUGGACAGCGAUCUACUGGAGGAGGCUAGGAGCAAGAUUGGUGGUGCGGAAAGUGCGGUGAUCGGCAGUCAGAGCUUUUGACAAUGGGAGGCUAUAGCCGUUUGUUUUAGGCGUGCCACGAACGUUCUUGAAUAGCUAUUGUUCCGCGGAUGCACAGGCGAUGGCGAAGGCUGUUC